AUGUCUUCUGAACAGAAGGGCUUAAAAGUCCUCAUUGUUGGAGCUGGGAUUGGAGGACUAGCUGCUGCUAUUGCGCUCCGGCAACAGGGACAUGUUAUAGAAGUAUUUGAAAGAUCACGAUUUGCAAACGAAGUCGGAGCAGCGAUUCACCUAACCCCGAAUGCGAACGGACUCCUGAAGAGAAUUGGGGUUGAUGCACGAAAGUACGGUGCGGUGCUGACGGAGCAACUUCGCGACUAUACCUCUGAUGGCGAGCUCCAGUACACUCUAGACACGAGUUUGAUCGCCGAUAGCUGGCAACAUGAAUGGGUGCUGAUUCACCGCGCGCAUCUUCAUGAGGCUCUGAAAGACAAGGCACAGGCUCCUGGCCAGGGAAUCCCUAUCAUUCUCCACACCGCCGCCAAGGUGGCAGACGUGGAUCCUCAUAAUGCAACCAUAACUCUGGAAGAUGGAAAGCGCGUCGAGGGAGACUUGGUGUUGGGAGCUGAUGGUGUUCACUCCGUGGCCCGUCGUCAUGUCUCGGGUAAAGAAGUUAAGGCAUUCAGCUCGGGUCGCAACGCAUUCCGGUUCAUGAUCCCUCGCAAAGAGGUAUUAGACGAUCCUGAGACAGCCCACAUGGUGCAAACAAACGGAACGCUUCAUAUGUGGCACAGUGUCGACCGUAAGGUGGUCAUUUACCCUUGCGUGAACAACGAGAUAUUGAACUUUGUGUGCAUUCACCCAGACUCCCUAACCAACGAGUAUGUCUCCCACGGCUGGAACCAGGGCGUCGGCAAGGACACGCUACUGGAAACUUUCAAAGACUUUGAGCCUGGUGUCCUGAAAAUGUUGGACAAGGCAGAUCAGGAAACACUGAAGAUAUGGCCACUGCUGGAUAUGGAAACCCUACCUCAAUGGGUUAAUGAGCGACUAGCACUAAUGGGCGAUGCUGCUCAUCCCUUCCUCCCUUAUCGGGCCUCUGGAGGCGCCAUGGCCAUUGAAGACGGUUUGUCGUUGGCGGUUAUGCUCCCUGGAGACGUGAAGAGGGAAGAUGUUCCCACACGACUGGGUCUAUACGAAAAGGCUCGCCAGGAGCGUGUGUUGCAGAUACAGGAGUACACGCGAGAGUCAGGAAGGAGGCACGUAGGUGGAAAGGAAGCCGCCACCAUGACGUCGUACAUAUACGAUCACGACGAAUGGGAUCAUUCCAGUGAAGUAUUGCGCCAGCACCUUUGGGCACAAAACAAACAGGUUUACUACCGUCAACCAACCGUGUUUGGCCCUAUGCCAGGGCCGCGCCAGGACUUUUGGGGCAGAAGCCGAGCGGCGGCCUCGAGCAAGGCGACAUUUUGCACAGCAUCCGUUCGGUUUAAGACGAGCCGUACUUUGCUGAGAAACCUGCUACCAAAUUCGUCUUACAGCUUCACUGGUAUGGGAACCGUAGCUUACGCAACCUUCUCUCAAACCACUCUAGAUGGUCUAGAUUGGCUCGCCGGUGGAGGGUACAACCACUUCGGGCUAUACAUCCAUGGUGUUCAAUACAGGAGCGCAGAUGGGAAAAUUACAGAAGGAUCUUACCUUCCAGUUUUAUUUGAAGAUCUGGCGGAUCCUAUCCUAUCUGGCCGCGAGGAACUGGGAUUUCCGAAGGUCUUCAGUACCAUCGAUGUGAAUAGACGCCGGCAUUCGUACCAUGUUACUACCAGCUGGCGGGGCGGAGUAUGGGGUCGGCUGAAUCUGACAGGGCUUGAGGAGAAGUCAGAGGAGCAACAGCAGGCCAAUGGAUCUACGAAGACACCACCAAACCUUCUGCUGCACCGCUACAUGCCUGGUGUAGGAAAGGACCGGAAAGGGACUCCUGAGGCGGAGUAUCCUGUUGUGGUCGAUUCCGCUGAAGACUUGACGGUUGUACCCUCGAGGAUCACACGCGAGCUGCGCGCCACCGACGCUAAACUUGAGAUUGAUGGGCUGGACUGGAACCAGCUCCCUACCAUCCAUCAUAUUGUCUCUCGCUUGGCUGAAGUUCCUGUGUACAAGGUUAUAGAGGCUAAGGUGGUUGAAGGAGAGGGAGUGCCAGACGUGUCAUCUGCCCGGAGGAUUGAAUUGUAA